AAAUGAAGCUCAGCACAUUUCUCUCUGCUCUGGGAGCUCUUCCCCAGCUGAUCUCGGCUGCCCCGAAUGCAGUCGCUAACAAACCCAGGCAGUCCUCGGACGACCGGCUUGUCUUUGCUCACUUCAUGAUUGGAAUCGUCAGCAACCGCAAUUCCGCAGCCGACUACGACGAUGAUAUGAAACGUGCCAAGUCUCUCGGAAUCGAUGCUUUCGCGUUGAACAUCGGGGUUGAUCCCUACACCGACCAGCAACUCAAUCUCGCCUAUCAGUCCGCUGCCAACAAUGACAUGAAAGUCUUCAUAUCGUUCGAUUUCAACUGGUAUAACACCGGCCAAGGAUACCAGGUUGGGCAGAAGAUCGCCCAAUACGCGAACCUCCCAGCGCAGCUUAAGGUCGACGGCAAAGUCUUUGUCUCCUCGUUUGCAGGGGACGGUCUUGAUAUCGCGGCGAUGCGUCAGGCCGCCGGACAGGACAUCUACUGGGCUCCAAACUACCAUCCAGAGUACGGCACUAACCUGGAUGGUGUCGAUGGCUUGCUCAAUUGGAUGGCUUGGCCUAAUGAUGGCAACAACAAGGCACCGCGUCCUGGAGCCUCCGUUUCGGUGGAAGAGGGCGAUGAGAUGUAUAUCAGAACUGGAAAGGACUACAUUGCUCCUGCUUCUCCCUGGUUCUUCACCCAUUUCGGCCCUGAAGUCCCGUACAGCAAGAACUGGGUCUUCCCUGGAGAUUUGUUGUGGUAUGACCGCUGGCAGCAACUGUUGACCAUGGGCCCACGAUUCAUCGAGAUCGUCACCUGGAACGAUUACGGCGAGUCGCACUAUAUCGGCCCAUUGAGCUCACCUCACACUGAUGAUGGGGCAUCCAAGUGGGUGAAUGACAUGCCCCAUGAUGGAUGGAUGGAUAUGUCUAAGCCGUUCAUCGCCGCGUACAAGGACGGCGCCACCUCGGUUGAUGACUAUAUCACCGAAGACCUUCUCGUGUACUGGUAUCGCCCGGCUCCCCGUGAUGUCAACUGCGAUGCCACAGAUACUUGCAUGGUCCCCGCCAACAAUGCCAGUGGCAAUUACUUCUAUGGCCGCCCGAAUGGCUGGGAAACGAUGGAAGACGCUGUGUUCGUGGUCACCACCCUGACUGAGCCCGCCACUGUGACGGUCAAUUCUGGAGGCAAUGUCGAGGUCUUUGAUGCGCCCGCUGGAGCCAGCGCUUUCAAGGUCCCGAUGGGCGUGGGCUCGCAGGCGUUUUCGCUCAGUCGUAACGGACAGGUCAUCCAGUCGGAUAUCAGUCUUCUGCCCAUCAUUGAUGGCUGCGUUUGCGGACUGUACAAUUUCAAUCCUUACGUUGGGUCUCUCCCGCCGAGUCCUAUUGACUCUCUCGAGCCCGCAGGUCUCUACAGUCUCACGCAAGGCCUUCAUGUACAAACGUGUUUGCCAACGCCUUCACUCGGCAAGACAACCCCAACACCGCCUCCAGGCUGGGGAGCUGCUCCAACGACUACAAGGACCUCGUCUACAACCGGCACGACCGGCACAACUACAAGAACCACGCGGACGACCACGCGCACCACGACGACGAGACCAACCACCAGUACCAGCACUAGCACAACCACCAGGACAACGACAACCACCAGACCAACCACAACCACCCGGACGACGACAACCACAAACCCAACCGGCGGCACCGGAAAUGUCUGCGUCGCCGGCACAGGACCGGGCAACUAUGUCGGUCUAUGCAGUUUCUGCUGCAACUUCGGUUACUGCCCUCCAGGACCAUGCACCUGUACGGCCUAUGGAGCGCCCGUGCCGACGCCGCCGACGACGGGUGUCCGGGGUGUGCCGCUGCCGUGGCUGGAGAACUAUAACUCGUACCUGGGGCUAUGCAGCUUUGCUUGUGAUCACGGAUACUGUCCGCCGACUGCCUGCCAGGUUGCUUAAUGCUCUUCAACUUCUUGUUUGGCUCCUGCUUUUUUGUGUUGGUUGUCAAUACUGUCAUUUUGUUUAGCUGCAUGAGGGAUCCUUUCUCCUGGUCAUCACUGCAUGCCUGAAGAUAGAAAUCUAUGCCUACGGAUGUCCAAGUCUA